CACGAAUCCGGCCGUCAAGUUUGCGCUGCCAUCAAAAGAUGACGCUGAGAGUGAAGCUGAGACCAGUUCUGUCUCAAAUCACCCCCUUCGUCAAGCCUAUUCUCCCUUUUCGCUCCCCGAUUCUCACCUUCUCUCAAAGACCAGUUUCUUUCUCUUCCUCCAUAGAUUUGUCACUUUCUUCCCCAAAGACGCUCCUCUCCUUCAGCAGUAAUCACGGUAAUGCCGCUCUCGAACCCUACCUCUCUUGCUCCAUGCCCCAUAAGCGCCUCCGCGUCGCCGUUCUCGUCAGCGGCGGCGUUGAUAGCAGCGUUGCUUUGCGCCUCCUCCAUGCCGCCGGCCACUCUUGCACUGCGUUCUACCUCAAAAUUUGGUUCCAAGAAGACUUCGAGAACUUCUGGACAGAAUGCCCAUGGGAGGAAGAUUUGAAAUAUGCUAAAGCUGUUUGUGAUCAGGUUAAUGUGCCUCUAGAAGUUGUUCAUCUGACAGACGAAUAUUGGGAGAAUGUUGUGUCCUACAUUAUUGCAGAGUAUCAAUGUGGCCGUACUCCUAACCCAGACGUUCUCUGCAAUACAAGAAUAAAGUUUGGAGCAUUCAUGGAUGCCAUCAGUAGCUUCAAAUAUGAUUACAUCGCUUCUGGGCAUUAUGCCAAUGUGAUUCAUCCUUCUACUGAUCAAAUUGAUGAGCCUUCUGUUUUGGAACUAUCAAAAGACAUGGUCAAGGACCAAACUUACUUCCUUUCACAUCUCUCACAAGCUCAGCUUAAACGAUUGAUUUUCCCACUUGGUUGCAUCCCAAAGGAUGAAGUUCGCAAGUUAGCCGCAAAAUUUAAUCUGCCUAACAAAGAUAGGAAGGAUUCACAAGGAAUAUGUUUCCUUGGAAAGAUCAAGUUUAGUGAAUUUGUUGCGAGACACAUAGGGGAGAUUGAAGGUAUUAUAUUGGAAGCUGAAACAGGGGAUUAUCUUGGUAAUCAUCGGGGGUUUUGGUUCUAUACAAUAGGUCAACGUCAAGGUCUACGUCUGCCUGGAGGACCAUGGUAUGUUGUUGAGAAGGAUGUCAAAAACAACGUAGUGUUUGUAUCGAGAAAUUAUUUCUCAUUUGACAAAAGGAGACGCCUAUUUCGUGUUGGCUCCUUAAAGUGGCUUCAUGGGACGCCUCCAAACCAGACUAAUGAGCUCCACUGCAAGGUCAGACAUGGCCCUGGCUUUUACAAGUGCAGUUUUAAAAUGGAGUUGGGGCAUGAAGGCUGUGAGAACGUUGCAGUUGUCCACUUAUCUGAAGAUGAUCAAGGUCUGGCAGCUGGACAAUUUGCAGCGUUCUAUCAGGGAAGAACCUGUAUAGGUUCUGGAGUAAUUUUAGACUCUUGGGACGAUCAAAAUUUUCCUGUGUGUGCAAGAGCUCUUGAGAUUGCAAGAAUGGAAGAUAAAUCGAAGAUUGGGCAACCAAUUAAGAUAAAGGUAAAACCCGAGAUUCCUGUUGAGUCUGGUCGAAACAGUGCAGAUAAUACGGAUAUGGUCAGUGCUUAAGCAGAAAAUAUCCUGAUCAAAUUGCCGCUAGCCUGCCGGUAACCUCCAGAAUUUCGGUGAAGCAGCUGGAAACCCUCGAAAGGGAAGUGGCAGGCAGAAGGUCUUGAUGUUCCAUGGACAUGGAAUGCCUGUGAUUUUCUGAAUUCAGACGACAGAAUCCGGGAGUUGAAAAUCAGCAGUCUGUAUAUAAAAUGGCAUCAAAUGAAGCUCACCGCUAGUGCCCGUAUAUAAUUUUCACUGCUGGGAGUUAUUUAUAUUUACUUGGCUAUAUUUUAUUUAUUUAUUUUCUAAUGGUCAGUGUAUUUUUGGUAAAUAAAUUCUGUGUACCAUCUCAGAUAAAUCGGGCCAGCUUUAAUCGUGGUUUGGCUUAUCGGCCAGUUUAAUGUA